UGAUAAAUUCGCAUUUAAAUUUUACCGCGGAACUGCCGAAAUCUAAGUGGGGGCCAUGCUCGGUGUACCUACACCGGCCGCAUUAUAUAUAUAUCGGCAGGCAGAAGGUCAGGCGGCAGCUGUGCAUUUCGCUUUUCAAUCACACCAAUUUCACGAUUCUCUCUCCCUCAAUGAGAUCGAUCCACACGACCUAACAGGUAGUAGAGAGAUGAAUCCCUACCUUCGUUUUCUGGCGAUUAUCGCGAGCCUCAGCCUGCAGCUUCCUUUCCGCCGUUCACGAGCCUGUGAUGUUUUCCAGGGAAGCUGGAAGCUCGCCGGCGACGGCAACGGCGACGGCGAUGCUCCGUUUUACACCGCCGCGUCGUGUCCUUUCAUUCAGAAGGAGUUUAACUGCCAGAAGAAUGGACGCAUCGAUGACUUGUACCUUAGGUACAAGUGGCAACCGCGCUCCUGCAGCCUGUCAAGCAGAUUUGAUGGGGUCGGGUUUCUAAAGAAAUUAAAAGGUAAGAGCGUAAUGUUCGUGGGUGAUUCCUUGAGCCGUAACCAGUGGCAAUCACUCGUAUGCAUGCUUUAUUCCUCGGUACCGGGGAUAAACUACAUUCAAACCAUAUCCGACGAGAUUUCGAGCUUUACAUUUAAGGAUUUCGAUGUCAAUAUUAUGUUGGAUCAUGCGGUGUUCUUAGUCGACGUUGUAGGAGAACCCAAAGGUCGGAUCCUAAAAUUGGAUUCGAUCACACGUGGCAAACACUGGUUGGGCGUCGACGUGCUGAUCUUCAACACAUGGCAUUGGUGGAACCGUCGAGGGCCAACACAACCAUGGGAUUACAUCGAAGACGGGGGACAACUUUACAAGGACAUGGACCGUGUCGUGGCCUUCGAGAAAGCCUUGAGGACGUGGGGCAAAUGGGUCGAUGCCAACAUUGACCCGACCAAAACCUCUGUUUUCUUUCAGGGAAUUUCUCCUUCUCAUUACAACGGGAGCGAGUGGAACGAACCAAGGGCAAAGUCGUGCGCGGGACAAAAAGAGCCGGUGGCGGGGUCGACGUAUCCGGGAGGGUUGCCGGCGGCGUUGGGCGUGCUAAAGAGAGUUUUGAGUAAGGUGAAGAAGCCUGUGCAACUUCUUGACAUAACGAAUUUGUCGUUGCUUAGGAAAGACGGACACCCGUCAAUUUACGGGCUCGGCGGGAGGUCCGACUGCAGCCAUUGGUGCCUGCCCGGAGUGCCCGAUACUUGGAAUCUAAUUCUUUACAACCUUCUCAUUCUUUGAACUAAAGGAUAUAUUUGUUUGGGUGAUUUUAUUUAAUUUCUAUUUAUCUGUAAUUUUUUCUUUAAGAAAUGUGAGAUUAAAUAUUUAUUUUUUUA